AUGGGCGCCGAGGCCAGCCUGAUGCAAGACGUGGCCAAGACUCUGGGGGUCAACGAGACGGCGCGACUGGGCACGACGCUGCCAAUGAUUAUACUGAUGAAGCACCCGACAGUGCAAGGUCUCGCGGCCUCGCUUGAGACGCACGUCAGGGACUGCGGCGGCGGUGGCGCCACCAAUAACGACAAUACGCAUGGCAGGGCGGGGCAGUGCCGGGUGGGCGAGGUGCUUGUGUUCGUCGGGCCAGUGCAGGAAAUAGCCAAGUCGGACGAUAGGCGGCCUGUGUACGCGCUCUGGGCUCGCGGGUUUGACCACGGCCAGCAGGCGUUUGGGUCCAUCGCCGAGGCACGGAAUACUUACCUAGCCCUAGUGGCAAUCCGGAAGCGGCAACCGCGCGGGCCGUACGCGCUCGCUGAGUACAACUGUGGGAAGAUGCUGGGCUUCGAGGUAAGCAAAGCACUCGAGGCCGCAGAAGAGACGGUCGCCUUCCUCGACAGCUUCAACCUGCCACCGCACAUUAGGCACCACAUGCAGCAGCUGGGUCGCAACGCCUGUCUCGUGCAUCUGGCCCAGUUUCUCGCCUUGGUUACCGAGGAUUUUGCCGACGAGAAACAGGGGGACCAAGCUUAUCUCGCCCUCCCACCCGCCGACGCCCUGCGUUGUAUCCUGAAUGCCUCGGACGAGGCUCACCUUUUAGGACCUGGCUCUAUCUAA